AUGGGUAAAGCCAAGAAGACAAGAAAGUUCUCGCUUAUGAAGAGGGCCAUCAAGGCCAACGACCCCAAGCUACAGAAGGAAAAACCGAAACAGAAAAAGGACGAUCCCGAGCUCACGAAACAGGUGCCACAAGUCUCAUCAGCACUCUUUUUCCAAUACAACGAGGCCAUCAAACCACCCUACCAAAUUUUGUUGGAUACCAACUUCUUCAACUUUUCGAUCCAGAAAAAAAUCGACAUCAACCGUGGUCUCAUGGACUGUUUGUACGCAAAGUGCAUUCCUAUAGUGACAGACUGUGUGAUGGCUGAGUUGGAGAAGCUUGGACCAAAGUACCGUAUUGCAUUGAAACUUGCCAAAGACCCCAGAAUUAAAAGAAUCAGCUGUUCCCACGGAGGCACCUAUGCCGAUGACUGUCUUGUGAACAGAGUCAUGCAGCACAAGUGCUACAUUGUGGCUACCAAUGAUGCGGAUUUGAAAAGACGUAUUAGAAAGAUUCCUGGUAUUCCAAUCAUGGGUGUGGGAGCUCACUCCUACGUGAUUGAGCGUUUGCCCGAUGUGUUCUAG